AUGGAGACACUCGAAGGGGCUGAACUCUGCUUUCCACAACUGCUCAACACCUCCUGCAGGAAGCCCGGCCGGCACGCCGCUGAGGCCGUAUUCCUUUACGUCCUUCUGUCUUGCAUGUCUCUGCUCACUGUGAUUCUCAACCUGCUGGUCAUCAUUUCCAUCUCCCACUUCAGGCAGCUCCACAGCCCCACCAACCUCCUCCUCCUCUCCCUGGCCGUCUCCGACCUCCUUGUGGGCCUCCUGCUGAUGCCGGCUCAAAUCCUCCUUUUGGGGGGCUGCUGGAUCUUGGGCAGCAUGAUGUGUGGGCUGUUUUAUUACGCCUCUUUUAUCCUCACGUCGGCCUCAGUGGGAAACAUGGUGCUCAUUUCCAUUGACCGAUAUGUGGCCAUUUGUGACCCCAUGUGUUACCCCACCAAAGUCACUCACAAAAGAGUCCAGGUCUGCAUUUGCCUGUGCUGGUUUUCUUCUGUUUUCUACAAUGGCGUGAUACUGAUAGAGUUCCUGAAACUUCCAGAUAGUUUUAAUUCCUGCUACGGAGAGUGUGUGGUUGUAAUAGACUUCAUCACAGGAGCUGUUGAUGUCUGGAUGACCUUUGUUGGCCCCGUUUCGGUCAUCGUAGUUCUGUACAUGAGGGUGUUUGUGGCGGCUGCGUCUCAGGCUCGAGCCGUGAGGUCUCACGUUGCAGCCGUCUCAGUCCAGGGUUCCCUUGGUGUCACCGCCAAGAGAUCUGAGCGGAAAGCAGCCAGGACCCUCGGCGUUGUUGUGGUGGCGUUUGUAAUAUGUUUCUGUCCUUAUUUUUAUCCCUCUUUUGCAAGCAAAGCGAUGUCAACCAGUAUGGUGUUUUCUAUUUUUGGGGUGUGGCUGCUUUAUUGUAACUCUUGUCUAAAUCCAGUGGUGUAUGCUUUCUUCUACCCAUGGUUCAGGAGAUCCAUCAAACGCAUUGUCACGCUUCAGAUACUGCAGCGUGACUCCAGUGAUGCCAAAAUAAUGUAGUUAUGGAUGUUAUUAGAGAACCUUUGU